AUGAAUAGGCUUUCUGGUGUUUUGGGGAGUAUAGAAGAGACCCCUUCGAGCUUCUCCACCAAUUGGAAGAGCAGUUCAGACACUGCAGACACUGGGUGGUUGAGAAAGAAAAUCACGCACUUUCGGCUUAGGUACCAGAUCAAACUCGGACGUCUGGGAAAGAUCCAUCAUGCUGCCAGGAAGGGUGAUGUGGAAAGAAUACAGAUGAUCCUUCUGUAUGGGGAAGGUGGCGUGGAUGACAGAGACAGGAAUGAGAAAACCCCACUACACUGGGCCUGUACAUUUGGUCAUCGUGAAGUAGUAGCUCUCCUGGUAGAGAAAAGAUGCAAUCUUAACCCCUGUGAUGACAGAAAGAAGACAGCUCUGAUGAAGGCUGUACAAUGCCAGAAUGAGGAAUGUGUAGCUAUUCUACUAGAACAUGGGGCCAAUCCAUGCUUGACGGACUCCCGUAACAACACUGCUCUCCACUAUGCUGCCUGCGGUCAGAACGUAUCUAUCGCAGAAAAACUGCUUUUACAUCAUGCAAAUAUCGAAGCAAGAAACAAGAAAGGGCUCACACCACUCUUACUUGCUCUAAAAAGAAACAGACCUUCAAUGGUGGAAUUUUUAGUAAAGAAUGGAGCAGAUAUACAUGCGGUUGACAUCAUGGAGAGAACAGCCCUCAUGUUUGCGGUAACUCACGAAUCAACAAAUAUAGUCAAGCUGCUUCUUGAGCGAGGCAUUGAUAUCGCUUCUGAAGAUAUUUAUGAAAGGACUGCAGAAUUUUAUGCUAUUGUUAGUGGUAAUCACAACAUCUCUGAGAAUCUUCCACAGGAGCAUGCUGGUCAUGUGUUUGGGACUGCAGAUCAAAGAGGACAAAAUGUGGUUAAUGGACAAGUAGCAGUUCCGAAGUCUGCGUUAAGAUUAGGACAAGAGGAACAGUUACAAUCACGUCUGCAUUUUGAGGAAAAAGCAACAAAGCCAUCAGUUGGAACAAAGGAAAAUGAUAUGAAGUCUGCAUUACGAUUAGGACCAGAGAAAGAUGAAGAAUCACCUUGGGAUUCUGAGAGCAUCUCUGAGAAUCUUCCACAGAAGUGUGCUGAUCAUGUGUCUGGGGCUGCGGAUCAAAUUGGAAAAAAUAAAGUAAAUGGGGAAGUAGAAGAUAUGUUUUAUAUUCCUUCUUGCAUGAGUGGACCAAGAAAUUUUAAGAUUGCUAAACUAGAGGAUACAAGAAGUGGGGUUAUACCAGUAGCCCAUGUGGAGUCUGCUGAGAAAUAUCCUCACUUGCAGCCUACCACUGAAGUGAAAGACUCUGUUCCAAAUAAAGUAGUAGGAGUGAAGGAUAUACAAACAUCUAGAUCAGCAGAACAAGACUUUAGAAUGACAGCGGACAAAGAGCAAGAAAGGCUUGAUGGAAAUGAAAAUAAGCAGCCACAGGUUGAUGAAGAAAAGAAGCACAAAAGUAAUAAAACAAAAAUAUCGGAAAACCUAUAUGAUGGUGCUGCUGCUGCUGCUGCUGAUAAUGGAUUAAUUCAACAAAGAAAGAAUGGGAGAACUGAUCACCAGCAAUUUCCCAUCGAGGAAAAUGAAGGGUAUGAUAGAAGUCCUGCCUUGCAUAUGAUGGAAGGAAAGAAAAAUGAAAAUGAAAAAUGGACCUCAAAAGAAUCUGUGAUUACACCAACAUUUGAGAAGGCUGAUUCACUAACUGGUGGUCCACUACAAGUGAAUGUUAACAGCUGUUUAGGUAAAAUAGAUCAGGACGAUGGAAGAAUGUACAGGUUGUUUUUUAAUUUCAAGGAAAAUUGUGAUAUGUCAUUUUAUUUGGUGCUAGCUGAAGGUCUUCUUUGUUUUACUCAGGUUUCUGAUAGUCAUCAAAAAGAUCUGUUGCAUAAAAAUCACAUGUUGCAGGAUGAACUUGCCAUGCUAAGACUGGAGAGAGACAGAAUAAAAAAUCAAUUUCAGGAGAAAGAAAAUAAACAUUUCAAGGACAUUGGAAUUAUACAAAGAAAGAAUGAAUACCUUCAAAAGAUGAUAAAAUGGAAUGAGGAAACAUCCACAAAAACAAUAUCCCAGUAUAGUGGACACCUUAAUGUUCUGAGAGCUGAGAAUGCAAUGCUAAAUUCUAAACUGGAAGAUGCAAAACAAAACAAUGAAAAACUGGAAACAGACAUUGAGUCAUACCGUUCUAGACUGGCUGCU